AUGCAAGCCGAUCAAAGCAACAACCAGCAGCGCACGGCAGUGGCCACCUUGACCGACUCGACGCCGACCGAUGGCUCGGUGUGCAUCCAGGUCAUUGUUACACUCAGGCACCAGCUGGUAAACUUGCCUCCGCUCCAGAAGCCGUCCGUCAAGCUGAUCGUCCAAGACGAGGGCGCCAGCGAGGACGACACCCUGUCUUACAUUGCCGUCUUCCUCCAGGGUGGCUUUGCACAGCAUGCUGCCAAGCUCCAGACCCAUGAUCGUCUCAUUCUCGCCGGGUUUCAAAUCGAACCAUCCGGCACACGCGCGCAAGGUCAUCCGUUUAGCUUGGUUCUGGACACUGACAUGCCGACAGCAUAUGCAAAGAUUUUCACAGUCGGUAUAACCAACCAACCUCGAGUACUCAUUGUCACUCCAAAGUCAACCCAAGUGUUUAACAACUCGAGCGCGGCGUCUGAAGGUCCUGCCCGUCCCAAUUCCUCGGCCGAAUACGAGUACACACCCAUAUCCAAGGUGCGCCAAGCGGAGAGCAUCAACUUGUUUGGUGUGGUCGUGUACCUCAAGCCCCCGAGACCCACACGUGGCACAGAUUGGUGCCUGACAUUCACAUUAUGCGACCCUGGCAGUGAGGGUGAACACCCGCUCAUGUGCAAUCUGUUCUUGCCACAGCAUGCCUUUCCCGAGGUUCAGCUAGGCGACAUUGUUCGAUUGCAUCGAAUCAAGAUUCAAACACACAAUGGCUCUUUACAAGGCCUCAGCUCUUAUGGAAUGUCGAUGGUGUGCUUCACCAACAUUCCCAACGCCGCCUUGACGCCGCGCGGAAUGCCCAAUCAAACUGUGAGCAUUUCUCACAAAGAUAUGCAGGAGAUUGAACGCCUGAGGAGUUGGGUUGCGCACACCAAGGUUGUCCCACAAAGCACUGUGACAAAGCGGCUCUGUGAGCUGGAGCCCGACACAACCUGCAGUCUGGUGUGUCAGAUCUACGCCUCCGGGACGGCGCCCAAUCCAGCCGCGGUUUGUGCGCAGCUGAUCAUUGGGGACGGCACACAUCCCCCUCCAACUUGCGAAAUCACUGCCUUUGAAAACAGCGAAAUCACUGCCGAUAAAAUUCCGGGAUAUGGCUUGUUGCAUCCAGGCGAUGCCACGCCGCUGAACAACCAAGGUCCCCGGCUCGAGUUGCAUGUCUCGCGAGGCAACGAUAUUGCAAUUCGAGCCAUCAGCAAAAUUGCAAUUCGAGCCAUCAGCAAAACCGACCCGUCUGUUGUAUCAAUUUUUGAGGAAGCUGAGAAAUCUCGGUGCGAGUUUCUUGCAAGAGCGGAAAAGGCACAACUUCAUCUUCGCGCCAUGCAAACACGCGCCAUGCAGACCUCCUGCUCUUUAACCGAGCAUGACCGACAGCCACUGUCCACGCUUCGUCAAGUUCUGACGCAUCCGAAUGUUGCUCACAAGUUUCGAUGCCGAGUCCAAGUCAUUGCGCACUUUCCCCAGGAGAUUGCACAGUUUUCGCGCCGGUUUUGCCCUCAUUUUUCAUUCCAAGAAUUCACGGCAGCCGUGGAAGCAGGCGCCAAUCCAGAAACGCUUCCACUCGGCCCAAACGCCUCCAUCGACUACUUGUGCACCGCUUGUCGAGCGAGUGUCGCGAAUGGCGCGGCGUUGCCUGCAAUGGAGUAUGUCUACAUGUUCUCACUUUCGCUCAAGGACGACACUGGAUUGCUUGAAGCUCUCGUCUUUGGCGCUGACGCGGUCAAAUUUCUCCCAGGCCUUCCGCCAAGAAACUUGUACGAAAACACUGGAUCGCAGCAAGCGCUGCGCAAUCGAAUGGAAAAGCUGCUCACCAAGCCAAGCCGAGCUCAAGACCAGGCGGUGCCCAUCUCGGUCCCUCUGUUUGGCAGUGCUCUUGCGCAAGCCAUUCCUGAAGCCUCUGUCGGGUGGAUGGAUUGCUGCAUAAUGUCGUACGCGCCAAAUCCGGAGUUGCCGUUCGCGCGCAAGUACCGGCUGUUUGACACAACUCUGCUGCACCAAUGA